AUGACAACACGCGCUGCACCGAAAGCAGCUCGUCCGACGCCUAAAUCAAGUUUAAAAGCUCCUGGCAAAGGUCAGGGAAAGGGUGAUAAACAAACUGCCAACGUCCUAGAAAUUGUACCUGGUAAAUUCAACGAAACAGAUUGGAUAUCAUUGAUAGAAACUGAUGAGACAGAAAAUUUCAUUGCUGACAUAUUCGACAACAUCUGGAAGGAUGUAUCCGACCAAAUUCAACAGAUCUAUCUACGUAGACAAUUAUUAUCAUUUACAUUAAUGAGAGCAGAAACCGCUUUGACAACUGUCGUCCAGUGGGCAUUUUUAGAAAGAGAUGAAUCACAACCAGCUAAUGGAAAUUUCUGGACCGACGAUGACGAGCCAAUACCAUGUUUAAUGGACAAUUGGGGCGAAGGCGUAGUUCCUGCAUGUCGUGAAGAACGUACUGAAGAAAUUGAUCUAUCAUCAAUAUGCACUCCUGAACGUUCGCCGUCAGCACCAUCGAAAAGUCAUCGAUCGAUUGAUAAUGAUCCGAUACAACGACCAUCGACAGGCUCAAGUCAUUCAGAUGUACCAAUCAAACAAGUUGAUCGUAUUUCUCAUUUCGAUACACAAAACAAAAUAGCACAAUCAACGGAGAUCGACGUAGGUGAGCGAGUAAGUAAACAACCAACCUACCGAUCUUCGCUGGAAAAGAAACCAUUGACGCAUGAUAUUCUUGUCAUUGAAACUCAACCACCCAAACUUGAACCGUUAGGAGAGUUAUUUCAACGAACAUCGACAGCAGUGACAGCGAAACAUCGUCGAGUGGUUGCUCCGAAAGGUUUGUCACAAUUUGGUUCGGACACGUUUCGAUCAUUAACAAAUGGAACUGAAUCGACAACGACGGUCACGAAGAGUAUACGAAAAGCGGAAUCGAAAAUAUUUGAUGAACAGCACAUCGAAGAAAUUAUUGCUAAAGCACCAGCUGCUUCUCAUUCAAUGCUCAAAAGUAUUCUAAGUCGACCGCCUGGUUAUCGAGAAUUGGAACUGAAUGAUGAUGGAAAUGUUGUAUCAAUGAUUAAAAUCGAUCCAGAUAAACUUGCUACGAAAAGUAUUCGUAUGUCGUGCGAUAUCGUUAAACCGCGAAAAUCGAAGAAUGAAUUACGGGCGGCGGGCAAGAAAUUGGAAACAAUGAAAUUAUCUCGUUCAGAUCCCAAGUUCGCUCCUGUGAAACUCGUACUACCCGAGCAAUCAACUGAAGUAGGUGAUCUUAUUCAUCCUGUACCUGGCGUUCUAUAUGAAGACUCACGAUUGAAAAAGGGAGAUCCAAAACGAUAUCAAACCGGUAUGGCACGAUACAUAAACUUUCACGAUGAAACUCGUUCGUUGAAACCGAUUGCUCAAAGCAGUGACUUUGCGAUACUGCGAACAGCGAAUGAUUUGUUGCGUUUAUCGAACAAUUUCAAUAGCGAAAGUGACGAUGAUGAUCACGAUCUCCAAAUUCCUAAAUUACAUCGUCUUCCACGAAUACCACCGAUAACGUCAGCAUCAACAACAUCUUCCACUUGA